AUGAGUGUAGCUUCGCUUUUUCGCAGCCCCCUAAAGGGUAAACUGCUCAACAAAGUGAAAAACAACAAAGGCUAUCUACCAUACAGGACGGUGACGAAACGGUUUGGAGAACUUCACCAGCCAAGAACAAAAAGCGAAAAGAAGAGUCACCUCGAAAUGAUUGACGAAGUGUACUUUGACAUGGCGGACGCGAUGAGAGAAAAGAACAAACUUGAAAUGGAAGAAUUUAGCAGCCUACAUAGAAACAUUUCCGAAAUUAUAUUGAACCAUAACACAUCUAAGAAGAACGAAGUUGUGAAGAACAUCAUGCGAUACUGCAUCGAGUUGAGUCGAAGUAGCAAAACGGACGAUCAAAGAAAUAAAAAAGAAAAAAAAAAGGGGGGAGACACGACCAAAGUACAAAUAAUGGAAGAAGGAGCAGAAGAAGUAGAAAAAGAAGUAGAAGAGGAAGAAAAAAAAAAAGACGUCCUAAAUAUCAUCAAGUGCAACAUAAAAGACCACUCUAGUCAGUUCAACUCAUGCGAAAUAGGAAUCAUCCUGAAGUGCCUCCUCAAAAUCAAAGUGAACGAUCCAUACCUGGUCAACACACUACUGCAACAUUAUUUUAGGCGAAAUAUGAAGUUUUCUCAGUAUGGGUCUUUAUAUGUACUGUACGCCUUUGCCAAGUUAAAGCUACUACCUGAGCAGGAAAAUAAAUUCAAACUGUUGUGCGCAGACAUAGUGAAAAAAAUUGACAAUUUUGAGUUCAAAAAUUUAUGCUUAAUUUGUAACUACUUGUCUGCCUUGUACAACUUUAACAGAUUUUACAUAAGAAAUGUCGUGGAGCAGAUAUGCUCAUAUCUUAUUGGGAAAAGUUCACACAAGGAACACCCCCAUGAGGGACACGCAGGUGUAUACCCUGAUUCAGUGUGGUGUCCCGAUUCGAUUCAUUACGUGGCGAAUGCAUGUGCCAGGGUUAACCACUUGAACAAAGAACUGUUUCAGUUUUUGAAGGACAAAAUUGAAGAGAAAGCCGCGUACUUUUCCAUAGACCAGCUGGUUUCCCUAACCAAUGCGUACAGCAAAUUCAAAAGUGCAGAAGAGGCAAACUUCCUGACUUUAUACAUACGUAUAGCAGAAGAAUUAAUAAAUAAAUCGUAUUUGUUGAAACCAAGACAUUUGAGCGUUUUAGCCAACUCGUUUAAUAAUGCAUGUGUGCUACAUGAAGAACUCUUUCACAUCAUUACUCAAAAUAGUUUACUCCUUUUGAGUUCUUUUGAGCCAAAACAGAUCGUAAUGAUUAUACAUGCGUACGUAAAUAUCGGCUUAUCAAACAAUGCACUUCUAGAGUCCAUCUGGAAUACUGCCGCGGUAUUUAUUCACGAGUACACUCUCCAGGAGCUGUCCAUGUUGUUGCAGGCCUAUACAAAAAGUUCGCAACACCGACAGGAUUUCUUCCAUCAACUGAGCAGCAAAAUUUAUUUGCUCCUUACGACGUCUUACCCAUUUCUGGAACAAAAUGGGACUGUCAAUUCUGUAACGUACACUGAUCAGAAGUACGUGGAAAUGAUCGGGAAGGCCAAGGGGUUUGAUAAUUUAACUCCAGAAAGGAUCACAUCAGAAAAGCUCUUCUCAAUUUUAUACCUUCUGUUUAAUCACCAAUAUUAUUGCAGUUAUGUGGAUAACCUCUCAACCAAGCACGGCGCCAAACACGAUUGUCGUCUCCAUUCCGGGGAGCACAUCCAAAUUGGGAGCCCUCCAAAGGGACCACCAACAAGGAAUGAAUUCAAUUCAAAUAAACAUCUUAACAGCUUUAGUGGAUACACGUUGAAUGACCCAAAAAACGCGUCAUACACUUUUUUGACCAGAACCGUGGGGAUGGAAGAACUUCCUCAAACUACUCAUUGUAGUGGUCAUUACAGUGAAACGUCUCCUUUGAUCACAACCUUAUCUGGUAAAACCAAACAACAGAAAAGUGUCGAUCCAAAUGAGGAUCCGAACCCAGACAGGGGUAACACCCAAGUGAAAGAUCUCCAUGAGAAUCUCUCCCCCAGCGUAAACAACCCCCCGUCCGAGGUACCACAAAUAAACUACUCUAACAGCUCAAAUAACCAUUCCUUGGACACAGACAAAAUGGAACAACUGUUAAUAACACAUCUGAGUAAAGACAUAAAUUCCACCUUGGUGUGCUCAAUAAUUUAUUCCUUAAUUAAAGGGAAUUGCUUGCUCCAGUACGACUUGCUCAUAUGUCUAUGCAAAUUAGCAUUCAUCUUUGUCAAGCAGUUUAAAACUUCAGAGCUAGCCAAUGUGUGUUCUGCUCUGUCAGAGGCUUACGUACGUGCAUCAGAUGAAAAUAAUAGGCAGAAUGAGCUCAUAGCGAAAUGGCAAAAUGGGAGGGACUCGGAAGAAACCGCUGAUGAGGGAGCUGCUUCGUCUCAAACUGUCUCAACAUCAAGCCUGCGGAGCCCCCAUGAGAAAAACAAAACUGAAAAGAACGGACCAACCUACGAUGAACAGCUGUACAAUUCGUCGAAGCAAUAUUUAAUCAUGUGCACCCUCUUUUUCGAUAACGUGCAAUCCCAUUUGGGAAAGAAAAAAAGUUCAUUUACCGAUGUGCACAGUACGUACAAAUUGAUAACUGCAUUCGGCGGUCUGCGGAUGAGCAAGUACUCCUCCAUAUCCUUGCAUUUAUUUAGGCUCUCCCUCCUGGAGAUUAAGAAUUUGUCUUAUUUGCCCCUCCAGAAGAUGGCAAACGCGUUCAUGGAAAUGAACGUCUACAAUGAAGACGUCUAUGCAUUUAUAAACAAAAUACAAAAGACGAAAAAGAACAAGUGA